AUGCGUUUCCUGUCUCGUGUAUCUCUUGCACUCCUGCUAGCCACAGCAACAUUAGCACAAGACGAAGAAGAUUACGACUAUAGCGAUUACAGUGGUAAUACUGACCUAGGCGGUGGCAAUGGAAAUGGAAACAACCAAGGAAGCCAAGUGCAAGCUCCAGCAACACCCGCACCAGUGGUGGUAAAAACACCCGCACCAGUGGUGGUAAAAACCCCCGCACCAGUGGUGGUAAAAACACCCGCACCAGUGGUGGUAACAACACCCGCACCCGUGGUGGUAACAACAACUGUGAAUCCAAAAGGUUCAGUUCAAUUUUACUAUGUUCCACAUCUUCAACAGUUCAUGUUUUCCAUCUGGGGUUGUAAUGAGGCGAUUAAGGUCGAGACUUGCCCAAGGAUUGGUCAAGAAUAA